AUGGACUAUGAAAUAGGCCGAAGGUGUAAGGAAGGGAAUGCUUGCAGAGAUCUCGAAACUUCAAACAGUAGACAAUGUAAUUGCCACAGUUUCUGCGACAUUUUAAGCGACAAUUCAUCCAUUCAAGCUGUUUCUCGUCUAGCUAAAGCAGGAACGAAAACUCGAAAAUAUUUCUGGCUAGUAGCUUUUGUGGUCUGUCUGUGCGGUUGUGCGUACGAAGUAAAUAGUUUUCUGUCCAUUUUUUUCCAGUAUCCAGUCCUCAUAGACGUUGAGGUAAGAAACAACGAAAUUCUGAAAUUUCCUGCUGUUACAGUGUGCAACCUGAAUCGAAUGAAACAAAGUUACGUUUCAUGCGUGAAUGCAAAGAAAUCAUGGUUCGAAUGCAUGAUCGAUCAGUAUUUCCCUGUAUUCCCAAGAAGUAGUAUUAUCUUAACAGAAAGAAGAUUCAUGGCAUCCAUUUCAAAGACACCGACUCGAUUUGAGGAAGCAUACAAGAAAAAAUCACGCAAAUUUCUGGACAGUUACGUUAACUUAGACGAAAUCGACCGGAAAUGUUAUGGGUAUUCUCUGCAUGAAUUAGUGAAAAACUGCACCUUCAAUUCUGCAAUUUGCGUUGCAAGUGACUUUUCUUAUUUUCAGAGCAAACAAUAUGGAAAUUGUUUUACUUUCAGCAAGGAAACAGAAGUGAAUAAGAUAGGUCCAGAUUUCGGAUUAGAGCUUGAUCUGGAUGUCCAGCUUCAAACAUACAUGGAUAUAACACAAAAUGCUGGCCUAAGAAUUGUAAUCCACGAUCCAGACGAGGACCCUAAUCCUCUUGAGGAUGGUAUUAACAUUAGUCCUGGUUAUGAAACCGAAAUAUCUUUGACGAAAAUAUCUUCACAAAGACUCCCAGCUCCCUAUAGAGAUCGCUGUAAAGUAUAUAAAGCUACCAAUGAUAGUUAUAAUCCUGAUGGAAGUCAAUUCAAUUGUAUUAACCAAUGUAUGCAGAGGACAAACUUUGAAAAAUGUGGAUGUGUCAAUCCUUUCUUAUCAACGAAUCUAGAAACCAGCCGAUGUUAUCUGAAUAACUCCAGUCAGAUGUCCUGUUUAGAUGAUGUCUUAGAAUAUUUGGGCAAAAAGGGGCUUCCUUGUGAAUGCCCACUGCCUUGCAUGAGUUCAUCCUAUAACCUCAGAAUCUCGGCAUCUCUUUUACAGACCACAAGCGUAAAUUGGAAUGGUUCUUCUUUGGAUCAAGAAGAAGAUCCCGACUGUGAUAUUUCCAGAUUCAUGGAUAUUGAUUCUAUAUAUUUUGAAAUGUCUUCAGUAUCACAAAGAAAAAGAAAUUCUGACACAAAUGCUGAAUUAGAAACGCGGGCCAAAUUGAAAGUGUUUUAUGGCAGUUUGGAUCAUAAGAUAUUUUCUCAAAAAGCCAUGUUUGCGGAUUCCGAGCUGUUCGGCCAUCUAGGAGGACAUUUAGGUUUAUGGUUAGGACUAUCUCUCGUGGCUCUGUUUGAAUGUGUUGAAUAUUUACUGCUUCUAUCAAAUUUUGUUGUGAAGAGAAAAGUUGUACCCAUUAACUGAAAUAUAGCAGGUAUUAUUGAUUGAUUUUUUACACUUGCAGUUAUUGUUUAAUGUGAAUAUAAAAUUGUCUUUUUUUUCUAAUGCUAUAAUU